AUGGUAGAACUUGAAACUACAGUUGCUACCGAAUUUCCACAGUUCCCAAAACUUCCAGCCGAGCUAAGACUUCUAAUAUGGCGGUUUGCCCUUCCUCAUCGAGUUUUCGAGAUCCGGAGGGAGACGGUGUCUAUCAAACAGGACGGCGAGGCGGACGUUACCAAGGAACUGGAUCACGAUGCAUGGCGGAUCCGCAAUUCGGACCUAGUAGCCGUGCUGUUAGCCCAACCAGCUCUACGUUCCGUCUGCCGCGAGGCGAGGAAAUACGCUUCGCAAACUGGGUCAUGGAAAUGUGUUGGAAGUCGUCCGCGCGGUAACGGUGGGGUUAUUAGGCUAAAGACAUGGUUCGACCCUUCGACCGAUACGCUUUGUUUCGACGACUCGGCUUUCCAGAAUGUCCCGGCACGGCCCACAGAGCGAAACGGACUCUCGAUAGAACAUCCCAACAACCCUGCCGUGACGAGAUUCUACUUUGCCAGUUCUCCCGCGAGUCCUAUCUGCAUAAGCCUCGCAGCGUUAGCAGGGGCUCCGGGGAAGUUCUUUGUGGAGCAGUGGAAACGUAAGCGAGGCUUCUGGUCCGGCGUACCGCAGUACCAGUUCUACCACGAUAGCAUACUGAUGCAUCUGGGUAGAUCUCCCAAGGUGUAUGAGAUUUUUGGGAGGGGUACAGAUAUGUGCCAUACCCUGUUAGUUGAUGCUCGAGAUCAUGGAAAAUUACGGCAACUAAGAAAGUUAUAUGUCGAUGAGUCCGACCCAGUCUUCUACCAGAGGAGGGUUGCGGAUUGGCUCGAAGACAUUACAAACCCCGACGAAGGAUAUGUCCAACAGUCAUUUAAGGAUUUGAAAGACAUUUGGCUUAAAGGCCAAGAAGAUGUCCCAUCCUCGGCUCUCGUCCUUUCACCAGACCGGGCGAGCAUCCAAAUGAGAUCCCUAAUCGAUCCCGGCGCCGUCCUCCACACGAUACAGAAAUUUGACCACGCCCACGACUGGUGUAAGGAAACCGUAAAGACUAUGCCGGACAUGCAACUUGUAGUCCAUUUCCGACUGUGUAUCACGAACCAUGAUAAAGAUUGUGAUCAGAAGACCAAGAGUCUUGAGAAUUAAUUGUUAUUGGGC